UAAAGCCAACUCUGAGGCUGAGUAUAUGAACCAAGACACUUUUUGGGACAGAGUAAAUGAUGCCAUCAACACCAUUAUUAGGAGAGAUGAGAGCACUGAAACUGGAGAUCUUUUGCCUCCCUGUAUUGAAGCGGAGGUGUUGUAUCAUGUCUAGUUUGUUGAAAUGUUAUUUAGCUGCCCUUAAUUUGGGAUGCAAAGUGGAGAGAGCUUCGAGAAGUCAACGACACAGCAAUCCCAGGAGCUACCUCAGCCCGAGAACACAAGAAUCGGCGUCUGUACCUCCUAGAGCUAUAGAUAGAACUCAUGAUGAACAAGGCCUUCAGUUAAUGCCAGUUCACUCUAUCAAUCAAUUGAAUAUUGCAAGAGACACGGCAACUGGGAAUCCAGAUCUUUCGGUUUCAGAGUCUAAUCAUCAUUUGGCUGAGAAUAGUAAUGUUGCUUACAGUUACCCUUUCUUGUAUGAGAAUAUCCCACCUGGCAGUAAUCAGCUGACAACAAGGGAAGCCGACAUGCACCAGAACUUUGGUUCAGUUUAUCCCUUGUAUUGUGGAAAUCAAUAUCAAAUCGAAGCGUCUGAUGUGGUCUCCCAAUUUCCGAUGAAGACGAAAUCCAACACUAUAUUUGUGGGCAAACCUAUUGGUACAUCUGUUGCACCACAUAGGGAAAUGGGUGUCUUGCAGACAGUUUUCUCAUGUUCCAGUGCUGAAGUUGGUUCCACGAGAAUCACACAAGCAGAUUUCAGAAAUACCCAUGACAAGCCAACUGGCACACAAUGUGAUUUAUCCUUGAGGCUGGGUCUAUACUCAGACCCGGGCAUGAGCAUAGAAAGAAAUCAAGCUCAAGAAAAUGAAAAUGCUGGCUCAAGCAGAUUUCAAGAAAGAGACAAGUUUAGUGUUUUUUCUCAACAAAGAAACAAGGAAUUCUGUUUUUUUCCUGGUACAAGUACUAGGGAUCCCUCUGGGUCCUGUUCGGUUAAGUGGGUUUCAGAGGGUGAUGAUCAGAAUUUGGAGACAACCAUCAGAAAGCGCAAAGCGCCCUUCAGAGACAAUGCAGAGGAUGGACAUUUUUGCUGGCAGUCCAACAUGUUCAUUGGUCGAAUAGAAGGGCCAGGUUUGUAGGCAUUGUUUUUCCCGUUGUAGUGUCUAUGCUUAAAAAUUUGAGGUGGCUAGAAUUAUGCUGGUCAAUCCUUUUUGCAACCUCAUUUUCCUAUGUAGUAGUUCAGAUCACAGAUUUACACGCUAACAGCGAGAUUGCAACCUGGGAUUUAGUGGAAAAGGUGAAUUGUAAAUGAAAUCUGAGUUUGAUCUAAACUAUACUGGUUAGUGACAUAACUUGCAAAAUUGAGACGUCUAGCCACUACCAAAAUCCAAAUAGGUAUUUUGGGAACCAGUUUAGCACCACACACAUUUAUUCAUUCAACCUUGCAUUGAAUAAUCUUGAAUUCAUAAAAAAAAAAGAUUUUAGGAGGCAUUUUGGAGAAAGGAAAGUAAUUUACACAGUGGGAGGAGGAUAUAUGAGAAACUUAAGACUAAUAAGGACUGCACUGAACCACAAUGAAACCAGUCUAUGGAAAUGUCCUGGUAUGACAUUGAGGGGCCUCUUCAUGAAUGGCUACUCUACCAUGCUAGAAUAAACUUCUCCAGUUUCUAGGUAAAUGUUCUGUACUUAAACGAUUAUGUAUAUAUGUUGAUUAAUUCAGGAGUGAAUCUAACAGUUACUGUGAGUUAGCUGUAGGUCAUUAUUCUUAAGCUCUAUGAGUUCAUCUAUCAAAAAAAAAAAAAAUCAGGAUAUUUUUUUGUGGUGAGUCUGUUCUGUAUAGGAUGGGGUUAGUGAUGGCCAGUUUCCUAGUAUAAUUGUCUGAAGAAAGAUAAUUUUGUGCCCUGUUUUUGUUUGUAUGAUUUUACAUUAUUAGGUGUCAGCUAGGGCAAUAUCCCCUGGGUAUGCUUGCAAAAUUAUAAUGUGAAUAAUGCUCCUGUAUUCCUUUUGUGUAUAUCAAUUGAGCAUUUGAAGGUAACUGGCUUGACAAAGAGAGUGGAUUACCAUAGAAGUAACUAGUAAUUAAGAAGACAUGCUAAGAAUGUGGAAGGGUAUAAAGUAUAAUUUUCUGGUGUUACUUCAGCACUUUUGAGAAUGAUUCAGGAGGUUACUUUUAUAUGGUUUCUGUAGCAGGGAUCUCUUUGAAGAUAGGAAUAUAACUUUUUGUGGUUUUAAGUGAGCAGUGACAUAAAAUAGGAGGUUGUUUGUAAGUUUGUUUUGCUGUUCAAUUUAUGUGAAACUUCAACUGCUGAGAGUUCAAUGGUGGAUUGGAGGAGUUAUCAAGAUAUCAUUUUGGUCCUUUCUCUAUGUCUUCAAUGUUUCAUGGAAGAAGAUUAAUAGACCUUCCAAUAAUGCCAUGCUACUUUCAUUCAGGAUUAAAGAAUAGUCUUGAAAUCUUUUCUUAAACGGCAAUGGCCAGUUGGUAGUGUGAAAGCAGUGAUUGACUUCUUUCUUGAACUGUUCCUUUAACAUCAGCAAAAAAAAUGGAUGAUUCCUUUUCUGGUGGUUUAUAUGUUCUGGAACUUAGAGUUCACUGUUUUUGCGACAAACGAUAGGCUUCUAACCAUGCAGCUUUCCAAACAAUAGUGCUAAAAAAAAUCUAAGCUUUGUCAACAACUUCCUACAAUUAUUUGUUAAUUUGAAACUAAUAUGGUAAGAUUUUAAAUUUUUCCCAGAUGUUGCAAUGGUAGCAAUGUGAUUUAAAGAUAACAAAGCAUGAAAUUCCUUAAUGCCUGGUCCCACUUUCUCCAUUUCAGCUUUUACUGCUUCACUCGUUUCUUCUGUUUUUUUCCUUUUCCAUGCCUAGCAACUCAACUGUUACCCCGUUACCUCAGCAUGGGCAUUUAUGUUGAUUAGCUGAAAAGAACUUGUUGGGAGCUGCUUCUGUUUUUAUUGUAGGUGCUGAGAUCUUUUUUGAAAGAAUGGUAGGAUUCUUCAUAGCAUGCUCUUGACAAUCAUUCUAUAGCAGUGGAUGUAAGCUACAUAAUUGUACAAGUAUAAAUAUUCAAGAGUGUUUAUGUUC